GGCGUCCAUCCAAUACCGUUAUGCCACCUUGCAAAACCCAAUUUAUGUCGCAAUCCAUCCAUGCCUCCCUCACGCGCCUCCUAGAAACUUCUAUAUUCUUAGUGACGAAGUAUUCAACUACCAAAGCUUAACCGACGUCAACGUUCAUCUACACGCUUUCACCCCAUUUCUCGACUUCCGUGCCGGUUAUCUACAUCUACAACGCCUGCCUAUAUAUACGAGAUUAUUUCGUUGAAGAUUUGCGAUUAUGGCCCAAAUUAACGACUCAAAUCAACAAAAGGUUCAAACUGAAGAAGAGAAGCUAAAGUACCUUGAGUUUGUUCAAGUUGCAGCACUCCACACUGUUCUGUAUGCUUUAAGAGCUUAUACUUACGCAAAAGAAAAUUCAGGCCCCCUAAAGAAUGGGGUUCAGACUGUUGAAGGAACUGUUAAGACUGUUGUUGCUCCUGUCUAUGAAAAGUACCAUGAUGUUCCCAGUGAGCUCUUGAAGUUAGCUGACCGGAAGGUUGAUGAAUCUGUUCACAAGUUAGACAGUCAUGUUCCCCCUGCUGUGAAACAGCUAUCAAGCCGUGCCUUGUCUGCAGCUCAGAAUGCUCCUGCCACAGCUCGAGCUGUGGUUUCUGAAGUAAAGAAUGUCAACCUGGUGGAUACUGCCUCUGGUCUCGCCAAAACUGCUUAUGCCAAGUGGGAGCCUGCUGCCAAGGGGAUGUAUACGAAGUACGAGCCAGUGGCUGAACAAUACGCAGCCUCAACUUGGCACUCACUCAACCAACUCCCUCUCUUUCCCCGGGUUGCUCAAGUUGUUGUACCAACAGCAGCCUACUGCUCUGAGAAGUACAAUGAGACUGUUCAGCGCACAGCAAAGGAAGGCUACAAGGUCUCUUCCUAUCUCCCAUUGGUGCCCACCAAGAAGAUUGCUAAAGUGUUCAGUGGAAGCAAUGCACAAACUGAGAUGGUUGAUACCGGUGUAGCAGCUGGAGUUGCUAAUUAAUUGUUGCACUAGUAGAAUUUAUCUUUUAGCCACUCUAUGGUGGAUGUUUAUCAUUGGGUGUGGUACUUUGUGUUUAUGAAUGAUUACAGUGACCUUGCGUGUACAUGUAAUUGAUUUGAAUGGCCUUUGUUGGAUGUUUUAUCAUUUACAUACUUUCAGAAA